AUGACUUUGAAAAACUUCACAACAGAGGGUCUUGAAGAGUUAUGUACUCAAGAGCAACUGCAUCUUCUGGAUUCCAUCGACACUCUUCGAUCGCAAGGCAUUAGCCACUACGUCUCUCUUCCUCAAAUCAUUGUUUGUGGAGACCAGUCUUCAGGAAAGAGCUCCGUCCUCGAGGCCAUCUCAGGAGUUUCUUUUCCAGUCAAAAGCAAUCUGUGCACUAGGUUUCCAACUGAGCUAGUCCUCCGCAAAAAUUCUCAAGUCGGAGUCCGAGUUUCCAUUGUCCCCCACCAAUCUCGAAGUGAGGCAGAGCAGCAAUCUUUGGGUAGCUUUUGCGAGCAGCUUGAUGGAUUCGACGGCCUUGCAGAUUUGAUAGAGAAGGCAAAGACAGCAAUGGGUAUAUCAAUCCACGGGAAAGCAUUUUCCAAUGACCUUUUGCGGGUUGAAGUCUCGGGUCCUGAUCGCCCACAUCUCACGAUAGUGGAUCUUCCAGGACUAAUCCACUCAGAAACUCGACAGCAGUCAGCGGCGGAUGUACAACUAGUCCAAGACGUGGUUCAGUCAUACAUGAAAGAGCCCCGCAGUGUCAUUCUUGCGGUUGUUUCCGCCAAGAAUGAUUUUGCGAAUCAGAUUGUCCUGCGUCUCGCACGGGACGCUGACGCAUCUGGCAACCGAACCUUAGGCGUCAUCUCGAAGCCCGACAUGCUGGUCCCAGGGUCAGAGAGUGAAGCCUCAUUUUUGUCUCUUGCUAGGAACCAAGAAGUCGAGUUCCGGCUAGGAUGGCAUGUAUUGAAAAAUAUGGACUCGGAGAAAGGUCACUGGAAUUUGUCUGAUCGCAACAUCCAAGAAGCGGAAUUUUUCUCUCAGGGAAUCUGGGCAGAUCUGCCUCAAUCACUUGUGGGUGUGGAUUCAUUACGGACCCGAAUGAGCAGUCUGCUACUUGGUCAGAUUGCAAGUGAACUCCCAAGCUUGAUCGACGAGAUAAAUUCCAAAAUUGAUUCCUGUCGGUCGCAAUUGCAGAAACUUGGCGACCCUCGCGCGACUGUGGAUGAACAACGAUCAUACCUGUUACAAAUCAGCCAAGCAUUUCAAAGUGUUGUUAAAGCGGCUGUGAACGGUACUUACAACGAGCUCUUCUUCGGGGAUGCGAAGACCAUGUCUGGGUACCAGAAGCGCAUCCGAGCGGUCAUUCAAAAUUUGAACGAGCAAUUUGCACAGAAGAUUUCACAGCGCGGGCAUUUCCGUCAUAUCCUCGAAACUACAGAUCAAAAAUCGAGCUCUAAACGUCAAAUACGUCUCACAAGAGACAAAUACCUUGAACAUAUUGAAACGCUUCUUAGACGAACAAGGGGCCGUGAGCUACCGGGAACUUUUAACCCUAUGAUUGUUGAGGAUCUCUUUCAAGAGCAAUGCAGUCCUUGGGAAGAGAUCACGAGUGACCAUAUCACUGCAGCCCAUUCGGCUGCACAAGACUUCCUUCAACACGCAGUGUCCUAUGUGGCAGAUGAAGCUACUUCAAAGGCCUUGUUUAACAAGGUCAUACUGUCAGCCCUAGGAACUUUACGGCAUGAUAUGGAGAAGGUAACCAAAGAGCUCCUAGCGCCGCAUCAGCGAGGUCAUCCCAUCACUUACAAUCACUACUUCACUGAAACACUCCAAAAGACUCGUGGCACGCGUCAGAAAGAGACAUUACGUACAGCCCUUCAAUCUUACUUUGGCGUUGAUACUCUAUCGACUCCCGAACCUGUAUUGCAUUCGAUCAAUCUCCAGGGCCUCCUGAACUGUCUUGUUCAGAACACGGUACCGGACAUGACAAGGUUUGCAUCUGAAGAGGCGCUGGAUUGUACGCUUGCUUACUAUAAAGUGGCACUGAAGCGAUUCAUUGACGAUAUUGCGACCGAAGUUAUAGAAGUGAAGCUGCUCAGUGCACUAUCUACUUUAUUUACCCCUACCAUCGCCUAUGAUAUGCCAAAAGACUUGAUCACGCAGAUAGCAGGGGAGUCCGAGGCAAGCCAAAGCCUUCGAGAACAGCUGAGCAAGAAAUUGUGGAUCCUCCAAAAAGGUUCGGAUACUUGCAGGCAGUUCGUUGGUAUUCGGGGUCCCGGGCAGAGCAUUGAAUUGGAGACGACCUUGGAACAAGUUCAGAUUCAAUUAUCUCCUAGUUCGUUGAGCUCGAUUGAGCAGCUUGGUCAAAAUGUCGCGAUUGAUUCUGAGACUGACGAUGAAAAGUCCUGCCCUCCUAGCCCGGCACUCUUUCCAUCGUCUGCAAGAACUGAGUGUACCCCGGAGCACCCUGCGCAGCCAGAAGAACCUUUGAUCGCUCCGAGUGUGGGGAAGGUUACGGGUGGCAAAAAGAAGAAAAGAAAGAAGUCUUCUGUCGGUAAACCGCAAUCUCCGACCGACCUUCCUAGUGAGAUUCCUAUAAUUUGA